AAGGAACGCUUGAGCAGGACACUUGAAAAGGUUGUUUUGAUAUCCUGUUUACACUCAAUGAGCUUCAGGGAAAAAAAAAAAAAAAGUUAAAUUGCACUCUGCUUGAAAAUUUGAAAGAUUUGUUUUUUAAUACAACUUCUUAUCAUAUUACUAUUUGGGUAAAUAAUACAACAGAUAAACUCCAGCAACUUGAAAAUUUAUAUCAUUAAGCCAAAAAUAUUGUGAAGGUGCACAUCAAAGGAAAAUACAAGUACUAUCUAUGGAUUUUCAAAAUUAUUUUAAGAUAUAAGAAGACAUGCAUUUUCAUCACAAAGGACAGAACUACAGCUGCCAUUGUAGAUACUGCCGGUAAGGUAAUUUGUACAAGAACAAUAAAAAUGAAUGACACCGUUUUACAAGAGCCAGACUUUGUGUUGGACUGCAGGAUCGAUUCUGACAAGAAAAGCCUUACAGCCGCGGCCCUUGCCUUCAUUUACUUAACGAUUCUUUUUGGAAAUUUUCUUGUAAUUUUGGUCAUAUUACUAAACCAUCAGCUGCAGACACCAAUGUUUUUCUAUGUAGGUGCCUUGUCAGUAGUUGACAUUGUAAAUAGCAGUACCCUUAUCCCACAAAUGAUUUGUGCCCUUCUGCUUAAAGGCUCAGUUGUACCAAAUCAUGUAUGUUUGAUGCUGAAUGCCAUUGUAGGCUACAUGGAGGUAUUAGUAUGCCUUAUUUUAGCCUUAAUGGCAUAUGACCGCUAUGUAGCAGUUCUUAAUCCUCUACGAUACCCUUCUAUUAUUACAAAUAAAACUGUUUUUGCUGUCCUUUUGCUUUUUAAUGGUAUUGGAAUCAUAGGCGAGAUACCGUUUAUAAUUUUUGCUAAAGAGCUUCCUUUCUGCAACAUCGACGUUUUGCCAUUUUGUUACUGUGAGUAUGCAACGAUGGUCCGUAUUGCUUGUACUGAUGACCCAAAAUACUUACUUAGUUUGUUCCUCGUUACUGUUGUCCUUGGCACCGGACCCUUGACAAUGAUCCUAUUUUCUUACGGUAAGAUUGCUCAUGCAGUUCUUAAGAUCCCUUCAUCUGAAGGAAAGAGCAAACUUUACAACACCUGCGUGACACAACUUUUGGUGAUCGGAACUCAGUUUGGUCCUUUGAUGAUAUAUUACAUGCUGCCAGCCACUGGCAUAGAAUUUUCAACCGCAGAAUACAACACGAUGUUCCUUCUGAGUAAUGCCAUUCCUCCAAUGUUAAAUCCAAUUAUUUACAGCUUUAGGAACCAGGAAAUUAAAAAAAGCAUUUCUAAGCUUUUUACAGGAAAAAGAACUGUUGCACAAAUUGGGGCAAAGAAAUAAUACUGUAAUGUGUAAUAAAGUUUAUGAGCUGCUAAAAAUUGUCAUUUAUAUUUUGCCAAAAACUCUUUCUGGGAUUUAUUUUUUUCUAGUCCAAAAAUAUUUCUAAUAAUUAAGAAGAUGGGAAUGGAAGAAACUGCUGGGUGGAAUUCUUAUGCCUACCUUCAUAUUCACUGGCACGAAGUCCAGUUUAAUGUGAUGUGUUCGUACUUACUGGCAUGUCUACUCAGUAAAAACAGAAACAUUUAAAUAAAUAAAUAAAAAAAAAUUAUAUAUAGCAAGCAAUAUAAAUACAGACAGUCAGUCAUUGCCCAACCCGCUUAGUCCUGAACACGGAUGCAGGGGGUCCCAGCUAGCAUAGGGCUCAAGGCAGGAACAAACCCU